AAAAUAUUCAAGUAGUGGAGAGUAUCUAUUCAACCGGGGUCUGAGAUUGAUGAUUAUAGAUGAUGGAUAAAAAAAAUAAUAGCGAGAUUACUGAUACUGAGAUCAAAGCGGAGGUUUAUGUGCCAACUGCACUGGAGAUGGAACCAAAAAGCAGACAGCAGAAAAGCGACACUCCGUAUCUAUAUCUGGUCGUAAUAACUGCAAAUAUUUUGAUGUUCGUGAAGGGUACCUGCGCCGCAUGGACAUCCCCAGUCAUUCCUCAGCUCAAAUCAAACGACUCAGAAGUCAAUCCUCUGGAAGAAGCAAUAACAACCGUUCAGAUCUCAAUCUUGUUCGGAGUACCUGAACUGUGCGUAAUACUCGGUACACUAUUAUUUGGAAAACUACCAGAUAUCGUAGGAAGAAAAUACACCUUAGUAGGUAUAUCAUGUUUGAUACUCCUCUCCAACCUCACAAUGGUCAUUUUCGGCUCCCACGUAUACGUCUACAUCGUUGGCAGAUGCUUCCAGAAGUUGGGUCUCGGGCUGUUGACGUCCGCUCUUCCAAUUUAUCUGAAUGAAAUUUGCGAGGACCACAACAGAGCAAAGCAUGGAGGACUGAUGAUGUUCUUCUUACCUCUGGGGAGUCUUUAUGCCUACCUUGUGGGUUCUGUAACCAGCGUCAGGUGGUUCACUCUACUAUGUGCAAUUCCUCUGAUACCGCAAAUAUUACUGCUGUUGGUACUAGUCCCCGAGUCUCCCAUCUACUCAGCUGCUAAAGGAGACGAAGCAACAACCAUCAAGACCUUGAAAGAAUUGAGGAGCAACAAAACAGAGGAAGAAAUUGUACAAGACUAUCUGAAAAUUGAUGCUACUGUGAGAACUCGAGAUGAAAGUUUCAGGGUGGGGUUCCAAGACCUUUUUGAGACGAAGAGUUUGAGAAGGGGGAUUUUAGUUGGGUUGGUGGUUUGCCUGAGUACGCCUGUAUCGGGAGCUACUGAUGUAAUGGGUUACUUAGCGCCAAUUUUCAAUGAUGCCAAUACGAACUUAUCUGGAAAUUCAGUGGCCAUUUUGGUGGGGGUCGUGAAAUUAUUUUCCUUCUUCGCAUCGUUCGCUGCCGUAGAGAGACUCGGAAGGAGGCCCUUGUUACUGUUUUCUUGUAGUGCCACUGCGGUGACUCUCGCCAUAACCGCCGUUUAUUUUUAUCUAAAUUCGACCAAUGCAGAAAGCAUUCAAAACAUUAGGUGGUUGCCAAUACUGUGCGUUCUAGCUUAUAUAGCUUGCUUUUCUUUGGGAGUAGGUCCGAUCCCUAUAUCGUUUCUAGCUGUGCUAUUUCCUGAUGAUGCUAGAUCCACGGCCUCUAGUUUUGUUAGUACAGUUGUUGGAAUAGUUUCAACUAUUAUUUCUACGUGUUUUCCUCUGUUAGUAGAUCAUUUGGGAGUGCAUAUUUGUCUUGGCAUGUUUAGUGUGGGGUGCGUUCUCAUUUUUGUUUCCAUGUAUUUCUUACUUCCAGAAACCACAGGCAAGAGUUUCUCAGAAAUUCAAGAUCUUUUGGAAAAAUAAAUAACUGCAACUGUGCGGUACUGAUUGUGAUGUUCCUAGUCAUGAACCCAUAAAUGAAUAAUAUAUACACUCUCGG